AUGUCGUACGAGGCCCAGAACAGCUCUGCCCAGAGCCACAACGACAACGAGAAUGCCCCGGGUCCCAUAACGGCUUCAGACCAUGAGAUGUUGACCCACAUUCGUACCCAUGGACCCAGGCUCUUGCAGACACUACAAGAGUCUGGCGCCUCGAAGGAACUCCCAUUCAAACUCGUCUGGACGGCUCAUCCCCACUGGCCUCUUCUCCCCAAUAGGAAUACCGAUAGAGUCCGGAUAUCUGUACUUGAUUCGUCGUUCAACCCACCGACCCUUGCGCACCUCGCUUUGGCCAAUUCACAGAAACCCGGGCAAGAAGGAGAAGAUGGAUACGAAGCAAAGCUUUUGUUGUUAUCAGUCAAGAACGCGGAUAAGACACUCAAACCUGGCGAUGCUUCCUACCUGCAACGACUGCAGAUGAUGGGUUUGCUCUCUCAAGACGUCGUUACGCGUUGGAAGGUGGAGGACGGGAGACCGAAUGUUGCUAUUGGGAUUAUCGACGAACCGACUUUUGUUGGGAAGUCGAGGAUUUUGAAGGAGUAUUUCGCGGCUAGGCUUCGAUCCUCGCCUCUGCAAUCGAGCGGACCCUCCACACAGCUCACGUUCAUUGUUGGGAUGGACACACUCGAGCGACUGUUCAGUCCCAAGUACUAUCCUCCUCCAGCGGAUAACCCAGACAAGACGGCAGAACAAACCAUGUUAGACGUCCUGUCUCGCAUGCUGUCCCCACCCCCAGACGGCGACGACUCAUUCAUCGUCUGCGCCAAUCGCGCGAACCUCCCCAGCGACACUACGCAACAAGCCAAAGGAGAGAGUGGAGUUGACCAGACGCUAAGUGUAGCUCAACGAAUGGGUUGGAUGAAGGAGGACCCAAGCGACUCGCGAAUCACUUUGAUAGACAUUGGGAAGAGGGAAAGUCGGUUUAGCUCGACUUCUGUUCGCAAUUCCAGGCGGAGGAUUGGUUCGUGGCCCGGGGCUCGAAUGAACGCCUACGCACCUCAAAUCUCCAAAGCGGAGAGUUCGUAUAUCCAAGCGGGUCUUACAUCCAUCCCAGGGCAGAGAAUCGAUGGAAGGGCGUUGGAUGAAUACCGAAUUGUAGCCCUCGAAACUGGUGUUGCGCCAUUAGCGAAUGGGAGCGCGAGGGUCAGCAUUGGUGGGCGGACGAGCGUGGAAGGGAACGGCGGGGGAGGAACCGAGGUCGUCGCGGCGACAAAACUCGAAGUAGAGAGUGUAGAUGAAGGAGAGGGUGUAGAUGGCGGAAGAGUCAACCUGACGAUUGUGCCUGGGAGAAAAGCGUGGUGCAUGCAUCUGGAUUUGGUGGUGCUAGCGGACCAGGGGAAUGUACUGGACGUGCUGUUUUUGGCGGCGAGGGCUGCGGUGUGGGAUACGAGGGUGCCGAGGACGAAGGUUGUAGAGUGGAAGGCGAGGCCGAUGGGCGGGGCUGUAGUCGGAGGGGGUGCCGCGAAGGACGUCGGAGGGAAGGAGAAAGGAAAGGAUGCGGAUAGGAUGGAUGUGGAUGAUACGGAGCAACCCACGAGUGGGUUUGAUACCCGCCAGUUGAACAAGGCGGUGGACUUUGAGUUGCCGGAUUAUUGGGAUGAAGGCGAGCCGUUGGAGGGUUCUGAGAAGUGGCCUGUUUGCGUUACCCUGAAUUUGGUCCCACCUAUCCAUUUCCUCGACGCGUCUUCGAGAGAGGAAUCAGCAGUUCCUUUGAAAUUCCUCCUCAUCUACUCCUUUGAGAAGGACGGGAAAGGCGAUAAAACGGAAAGACCGGUGUUGAGGGGGAUGAGGUUUAUUGGACCGGGAGAGGUGAAGGCUGAGGAAGUGAAGGGCAUGGUUGAGUCGGGCAAAAAAUAUGCACAAGAAACAUUCAAAGCGCUAAAUCAAAAGCUGGCGAGCGAGGAUUCGAGGAGAGGGAGAGCUGGGCGUAAGAUGUCUACAUAGGACAAGGCUAUAGGAUGGGGGAGACCGGCUACGUGCAGGCAGUAAUGGCGGCAGAGCGCUAGUUUCUGCCGUGCUGCUAUCGAUCGUACAUGUGCAAAAUGGCUAUCACGGCCUGGAGGCCAGCAGACGCCUAAUAUUCGAAAGUUCUU